UUACCUCCAUAUUCUCCCGAUUACAACCCCAUUAAACAAGCCUUUCAUUCCAUCAAAGCUUGGCUCCAUCAUCAUGAAGCUGAAGUCAUUGAUGCUGAUGUCCGGCCAUGGCUCAUACAUCAAGCUGCAAUGUCAGUCUCAGUGGAUGAUGCAGAAGGUUGGGCUCUCAAUUGUGGUUAUUCAUAA